UAACGUUUUCAUUUAUGGGAGUUGGCUUUGCAUCAGUAAAUACCCUAAAUCUGGCCAGAGGGAACGAGAGGUGGGUAAUCUGUUGCAGCAUUUAUUCUAAACAUUGGCUAAUCGCAGGCAUGUCGUUUAUUGUCGGGACUUGACUCACUUUCAAACUUUCUGUUUAAAAACGACAUUGGAUUUAAUAUGCAAAGAAUACAGUCUGCAGCAAAACAACACCGAUAGACAAACAGAAACAAAACUGCGAAGCAAUCGUGAGAAUUUUGCACAAAGUGUCAGAAAAUUUGAUUUUACAGAAUUAUUUCUAUUUCUGAUUGGUUUUUCCAACAAGAGGAUUUGUUUAGUUUUGGGUAGCUUUUUUUUUAAACCUGAAAAACAUUUCCCUUUGCAACUAGUGUUGCCGAAUUCUGAAAGAUGGGCAAGAAUUAUCAGUCACCCAAGGUUGGGAAAAGUAAAAAAGAAAUGAUGCCACCAUCAAAUCCUUUAACGUGCUUAAGGACACUGCCAACAGUGGUCAGUUUACUGUUAUCAGUCACUUCUGUUGUGUUUUGCCUACUGCUAAAUGUUAAAACGGCAGUGUUGCAAGACAGAGUAAAGCUGUUGGAAAAUCAAAAAGGAAGCAUUUCACUGCAAGCAAUACGAGAGAUUUUAUGGGACGAUGCAAGUUUACUGCCCGUGCUACAGAAAAGAAUCGACCAACUUCAAGAGGAAUUAACUGAUGGAGUGGCAAAAAUCAGGACAGUUAGAGAAGCUACAUCUGAAUGUCUUUGUCCACCAGGUCCCCCUGGAAAACGAGGCAAAACAGGAAGAAGAGGAGUCAUUGGAUUCCCUGGGGCACCAGGAAGAGAUGGUUAUCCGGGCCCUCUUGGAUUGGAUGGAAAGCCAGGCCAACCUGGACCAAAAGGAGAAAAGGGUGAUCUAGGUCAUUCUGGACCACCUGGUCUAACAGGUCCUGCAGGUCCACCAGGAGACCCAGGAAAGGAUGGUGCACGGGGAGUUCCAGGCGCAACAGUCCAGUACAAAGAUUUGCAGGGAGAAAAAGGCAUUGCGGGUCCCCAGGGAUUACAGGGAUUAGUAGGAUUAAAGGGUGAACCUGGAAAGAAAGGUGAAAAGGGGCGUGCAGGACUGAAUGGUCCAAAAGGUGAACAAGGAAUAACAGGGAUAAUAGACUAUGAUGGAAAAAUUCAAGAGGCGCUACAGGGUAUAAUUGGUCCUAAAGGGGACUCAGGAAUCCCAGGAGUCCCAGGAAUUCCAGGACAAAAAGGUGAAAAAGGAGAUAUCGGUUUCUCUGGUCUACCUGGUGAACCAGGACUGAAUGGUGAUAAAGGUGAAAAGGGUGAUGCCAGUAGAAAAGGUGAUAGAGGUAGUCCUGGAUUACAGGGAAAUCCUGGUUCCAUAGGUCUUACAGGUCUACCUGGUCAAAAGGGAGAAAAGGGUAAACCUGGUGAACCAGGAUUAGAUGGUUUCCCAGGUCUGAGGGGACUGAAAGGAGACAGAGGUGAAAAAGGAGACAAGGGGGAGAGAAGUUACCCAGGUAAAAAAGGAAGCAAAGGACAGAAGGGAGAACAAGGUCCCCCUGGAUUAGAUCAGCCUUGUCCAGUGGGUCCAGAUGGUCUGCCGAUUCCAGGAUGUUGGCACAAGUGAUUCCGAACCAACAAGCAAGGAGUGUGUACAUAAUGAUGAUAUAUUUUGUCCUUCAACAUUUGUAAAGAAACUCAGCUGAUAAUAUAUGAAGCCUUGCACAUCUGGCAAGGACGGAGGUGUAUGGUACAAAAUAUUAUUCUCGAACUUAGACCAGCAAUCUGGACUCAGAAAUAACUAAAUAAGCUACAGUUGUGGAAUUGAAUUAUACUGAUAGCUAUUUCUGCUGCUGUACAUUACCAGAGAUGUAACCUUGUCAACAACCCAUUUAUUCACCUAGCCAUAAAUUGAUGAUGUCAUA